UGAAAAUUUUAACCCACAAUGAGUGGUUGCAGGCAGCUUGAAGUUCGAUCAGAAGAUCGAACUCCACAGAAAUGGUGUGUUCCAAUGACCGAAGACGUUUUUGGAACCUUGAUUUCCAAAGGUAGUCCAAUGGCACAUACUGUUUUUGGGGAUGGAUCGUUGUUCAGUCCAUUGUUGUUUGGAAAAUUCUUCGAUCCAUCUGAUGCCUUCCCACUAUGGGAAUUUGAGUCUUCUGUUUUAUUAUCUAGACUCCGAAGCUGCAAUCAAAGCACGGUUGAUUGGUCCCAAACAGAUGUUGAUUAUGUUCUAAAAGCAGAACUACCAGGAGUUGGGAAAAGUAGCGUUCAAAUCUAUGUCGAAGAUGGGAAGGUUGUGGAGAUAAGUGGGCAAUGGAAGCAACAAAACGAGUCGAAAACAAAGGAUUGGAGAAGCGGCCACUGGUGGGAAAAUGGGUAUGUUCGAAGGCUUGAGCUGCCAGACAACGCAGAUUGGAGGAAAGUGGAAGCAUAUGUGAAGAACGAAAUAGCUCUAGAGGUUAGGAUUCCCAAGAAGCCUUUGGAUUGUGGUAAAACUCAAGGACAUGAUGGGGCAACCGUAGAGGAUUACGAGUAACACAUAUUACAAGGACAUGUUUAUUUUAACUUAAUGUGCUUGUGAUUCAAGUAUGUAAGAUUGCCAAUUUGACAGUGUAUGAUUGUAUCGAGCCCUUUGGCAAUCAGACAACAGGAUAGGCCUGAUGAAGAAUAUGAAAAUGUAUCCAAGUGCUGCAUAAAAAGAAUGGAUCAAACUGUUUGUACUAAAGACGGGUCAUGAAUCAAACAGUAAAUGGAAUUUGUGG